AUGCCGAUUUCAAACAGUCCUCUGAGCGUUGAAGCUCAAGCCAUAUGCAAUAAGAUACCUUUUGCUAUUACAGAUUCACAUCACCACCUGUGGGACGUGGCCAACACGUACAGAGGACAAAAGAUCUUUCUGGAUUUGGGAAUACUUGACAAUUUGCCAAAGCUUGGAUAUCCAGCCCUAGUCAAUCCACCAAAGAAGAAUGCUCAAACGUUAGCUCGUGAACGUGGAACAAAACUACCCUCGUGGCCUAUUGAAAAGACCAAGGCGGUUCUCUCUAGAAGAAACGAAGAAUAUGGCAACUUUCAGCACAUGUGGUCUGACUACCUUCCUUCCGACAUCAUGAAGGACUACGCACACGCUCACGUCAACGUUGCCGCCACGGUACACGUAGAGGCUGGUUGGGACGAGCCCAAAGUUGGUAACGUUGGUGAAACAAACUGGGUAUAUCAACAGGCCCAGGAAACUGGCAAUGUCGUUGGGGCUGCAAUUGUAGGACACACUGACUUUGUUAGCAGAACUUACGAGGAAUGUGAAGCCGAGCUUAUUAAACAUAAACAGUGUCCUAACUUUGUCGGUAUCCGAUGUAUGGCCUCAUUCGAUACUACUAAGCGAUUUAGCUCUGGAGCACCUCGACAACACGUAUUGACAGAGGCCAACUUUUUAAAAAACUUUACGCUCUUGAAGAAGCAUGGACUCUCCUUUGAUUUGUAUUGCUACUCAUACCAGCUGAAGGAAUCCAUUAACCUGGCUAAACGAUUCCCGGACACGCCUAUUGCCCUAGACCACAUGGCUACUCCCAUUGACUAUGUUUCGAAGCCAGAAGUGCGCAAGGAAUGGCUUGAAGGAAUGACCGAGCUCGCCAAGUGCAAAAACGUGCACGCUAAGCUAUCUGGGUUGAUGCCACAGCUAGGAACACAAUAUCAAUAUCGAACAUGGGAUUCGUAUGGACCUACAGCCGUCGAAAUCGCCGAUGGUGCUUUCGGAGAGAUGCUGAUGCACACAAUUCGACUCUUUGGACCCGAGCGUGUCUUCUAUGGAUCAAACUUUCCCGUGGAUAAGAAUCUAGCUCGAAUGGGCGAGCUUGUAGCUGGAAUCUGGAUAUGCUGUGAACGAUCUGGCAUGAAUGCGUCUCAGCUUAAGGGUGUGUUCCGUGACAAUGCUGCUAAAUUCUACAAGAUCUCUUUGCCAGCAAGCAAAUUGUAA